UAUAAUAUUUGUCUUGCAUGUUGAGAAAACGAAUAUAAUCAGUGAUAAGAGUUUAAUUUCAGUUGCGUAAUUUAUGGACGCCAGCUCCGCUCCGAAACUCUACACAUUGCAUUUUUGACAUCUGUUCUGACAUUCAUUGUAAAGCGGUUGUGUGAUUUGAAAACGAUUUUACCAUUUCACCUCGAAAGUAAACAAACAAGUUGAAGCGUUUAAAUUUUAUGAUAUCAUGCUUUUCUAUUCAUUCUUCAAAUCCCUCGUAGGUAAAGACGUGGUAGUGGAACUAAAAAAUGAUUUAAGCAUAUGCGGUACGCUUCAUUCGGUAGAUCAAUAUCUAAACAUUAAACUUACUGACAUCAGUGUAACUGAUCCUGAAAAGUAUCCUCACAUGUUGUCUGUAAAGAACUGUUUCAUCCGGGGAUCGGUGGUAAGAUAUGUCCAACUGCCUGGUGACGAGGUUGAUACUCAACUUUUGCAAGAUGCUGCGCGGAAAGAGGCAGUAACUAGUAAUAGCUACGUCCACGCAACAAUCAUCAGCGAUGGAGAUCGAUCCACGGUCGAAAUAAGAUCGAUUCAUCCAUACAACUGCUCUGCUCUGCCAGACACAUCGGGCUACUGUUCUAUAAAUAACUCAACAAUGAUCAAACAACUGUCUCCGCUGUCCGGUGAUCCAACUGGAUAAUGGAAGAACAGAAAGAAUACCCUUACGCCUAAAUGGCUACUGUGUGAAUGUACCAUAUGUAAUGGUAUAGAAGGAAUACUGGCGAAUGGCAACUGUGUAAUGUGCUAAUUAUAGUUAUGAUAACC